GGGAAGCCAAAUAUCAGCAAAGGUCACAUUAUCCGGUUACGACCUGGUUAUACGUUUGAUUGACGUCUGCAAGCCACGCCCUUGCUUUAAAUUGAUCUGCGCUUUCAGAAACUCUUUAUUGAAGCGCACAAGUAACCUGAGCACUCUCUGAACACGAUUUAUAGAGGAUAAACCCUCCAUUAGAUUUAUCUGGACAGUCCAGCCCUAUCUGCUCUUCGUUUUACCUCUGAUCAAACCCCUCCGGGUCAAUAAGACAGCAAAGAUGAUGCAAAUCUGCGAUUCCUACAACCAAAAAAACUCCCUCUUCAAUUCCAUGAACCGGUUUAUUGGUGCUGUGAACAACAUGGACCAGACUAUUAUGGUGCCAAGUUUGCUGAGGGACGUCCCAUUGGACCAAGAAGGGGAGAAAGAGGUGAGCUCCUUCCAGGAUGGAGACAUGUACGGCUCUUAUGUGCUCCUCAAAUCAAUUAGGAACGAUAUCGAAUGGGGUGUACUUCAAGGCGAGGAGAGGCGCAAGGAAAAGCAGGGUAUGACGACGGCCCUGGAGACGUCUCGCAUUGAACCCAACGAUGAGGACUUGGAGAAGAUGUUUCAAUUUCAUCUAAUCGGACUGCACACGGUCCUGUCCAAGCUCACCCGAAAAGCCAACAUUUUGACAAACCGGUACAAGCAAGAGAUUGGUAUCGGCGGCUGCGGGAAUUGAAAUGAACUGGAGUUUACUCCAUCCAUCGCCGGUGGACCGCAAAAAAAGUUCACAAGGGGGUGCAGCAGGGGCUGAAGCCAAAUGGGCCCCUGGUGGCUUCUGUGCAUCUUUAAUUCCCCGGAUUGGAAAAAAAGACUUGUACUCGAUGCCGGUUUACAAGUACCCUCGAUUCCCCUGCUAAUAUCCCUUGAUAUUGUUUGCACAACCUGGAUGCUGGCUUGGAAACAGGCUUUUGAAAUUAAAUGCGAUUUAAGCAAGCAGGGCAACAAUUAAAAAAAAAGACAUUUCAUUGGUCGUUAUGGUAGUUUUGGCGGUGUAUUAAUGUAGAUUAUAACAGGCUGGGCUGAGAAUUAUUAACACUAAUUAUGUAUAAAAUGCACAUUUCUACACUGAAAAGACACUGGUACUUUAUGACGUCAAUCGUUGAUGGAAUCAUAUGAUGGGUCUUUAUGGAUUUUGACAGAUUCCUGGAGAUUACGUCACAGUUACUGUUGGUAAAUGUCUUGGAGGAAAGUUGUGUAAUGCAGUUGUUUUUCUAUCACAAAGAUGGUUCUGAAAAUAAACCUUUUGUAACCGCAA